AUGGCCACCAAGAUCUCAUUCUUCCUCUCGUCCCUUGCAAUCUUAGCAGCUCUGCAACUGUCAUCAGCAGUCGACUACUCCGUCACAAACCGGGCAGCAGCCACCCCCGGCGGUGUUAAGUUCAAUAACGUCAUUGGAGCGGCAUACACCACUCAAACUCUCCGUUCCGCCACAAGCUUCAUAUGGACCACAUUCCAACAAAAUACUGCUGCUGACAAAAAGAACGUAGCACGAGUAAACGUGUUCAUUGAUGACAUGGAUGGUGUUGCCUACACUUCUGGCAAUGAGAUCCAUGUCAGCGCGAGGUACAUUCAGGGUUAUUCCGGUGAUGUCAAGAAAGAGAUUACCGGAGUACUCUACCACGAGAUGACUCAUGUAUGGCAAUGGAAUGGAAACGGUCAAGCUCCGGGAGGAUUGAUAGAGGGAAUUGCGGAUUACGUGAGGCUGAAGGCUGGGUAUGCUCCUAGCCAUUGGGUUCAGCCACGGCAAGGUAACAAAUGGGACCAAGGGUACGAUGUGACAGCUCGGUUUCUAGACUAUUGUAAUGGUCGGAGAAGUGGGUUCGUGGCUGAUCUCAAUAAGAAGAUGAGGAACGGCUAUAACGACGGUUAUUUCGUGGACUUGCUAGGGAAGACGGUUGCUCAACUGUGGGCUGAAUACAAAGCUUAA